AUGCGUGAUUUCUAUGUGGCUUUGGCUCGAACAGUCUGGGAACAGCUGUGUUCUAGGUGGAUGAGGACACGUGAAGUUUAUGCCACAGAAGAUCCAAAGACGGUCUACUUUUUAUCAAUGGAAUUUUUUAUGGGUCGUACACUUAAAAAUACAAUGCUUAAUGUAGAUGCAGCAGAAGCUAUGGAUGAAGUCAUGUACCAACUUGGAUUGGAUAUCGAGGAACUGGAAGAAAUGGAAUGUGAUGCAGGACUUGGUAACGGUGGUCUUGGUCGAUUGGCUGCUUGUUUUCUUGACUCAAUGGCUACAAUCGGUCUGGCAGCUUAUGGAUAUGGAAUACGCUAUGAAAAUGGUGCUUUCCAUCAGAAAAUUAAAGAUGGUUGGCAGAUAGAAGAACCAGAUGAAUGGUUGGUAUAUGGAAAUCCAUGGGAAAAAGAACGCCCUGAAAGUACACGCACAGUUCAUUUUUGUGGUAGAGUUGUACGAGAUGCACUAGGCCACUGUGAAUGGGUUGAUACAGAAACAAUAUGUGCUAUACCAUAUGAAGUUCCAAUACCUGGAUAUCACAAUAAUACAUGCAAUACACUGAGAUUAUGGGCAGCUAAGGGUAAAAAAGGCUUUGAUAUAAAAAUACACGAUGAUGAUGAUUAUAUAAAUGCUAUAUUUGAGCGCAAUCAGGCUGAACAUAUUUCUCGAGUUCUGUAUCCUAUCGAUCAUGCCUUUGAAGGCAAAGAGUUACAAUUGAGACAAGAAUACUUCCUCAUUUCUGCUACACUUCAGGAUAUUCUAUGUCAAUUUAAGUCAGCUGAUCCAAUACGUGAACUCUUCGAAUUACCGUACAAGGUAGUGAUUCAUAUCAAUGAUACACAUCCAGCUCUUGCUAUUCCUGAACUCAUGAGAAUUCUCAUUGAUUUAGAGCGCUUGGACUGGAUUGAUGCAUGGGAUAUAUGUUCGCGGGUGUUUACUCACACAAAUCACGUUGCACAAGUGGAGUGUUUAAAAUACUGGCCAUUAGAGAUGCUUCAACGUGUUUUACCCAGACAUCUUGAGAUAAUACAGGAAAUUGAUCAGCAUUUUAAAGUUGUCAUAAACAGAAGAUGGCCAAGUGAUGAAAAUCGAUGCCAGCGUAUGUCCAUAUUUCAAGUAAUCAAUGAACCAGUCGUUAGUAUGGAUCAUUUAUGUAUAAUUGGGUCACAUUUUGUGAAUGGUGUUUCAGCUUUUCAGACAAAUCACCUUGUCAAAACUCUUUUUAAAGAUUUUGCAGAACUAUGGCCAUUGAAAUUUAUCAACAAAACCAACGGAAUCAGUCCAAGACGUUGGUUAUUAGUCUGUAAUCCUGGACUAACUGAUCUUAUCCGAAGUACAAUGACAUCUGAAGAUUGGGUUAAAAAUCUUAUCAUGUUAAAUCGGUUGAAAGAGAAGGUGAAUGAUGAAAACUUUCGAAAUAAACUUAUGCAAAUAAAACAAGACAACAAAAAUCGUUUUGUUGCAUAUAUGCGACAACACAGGAAUGUUGUAUUAAAUCCAAGCUCUAUUUUUGAUGUUCAUGUAAAACGCAUAUUAGAAUACAAGCGUCCUUUACUACCCUGCUUACUUGCAAUUACUCUGUAUAAUCGUAUAAGAGCAAAUCCUAACUUGAAAAUAUGCCCAAGAACAAUAAUUAUCGGCGGUAAGGCAGCACCCGGCUAUGUUAUGGCUAAAAUCAUCAUAAAGUUAAUCAAUUCAGUCGCACGAAUUAUAGAAUUUGAUCCGAUUACUACCGGUAAACUUAAACUUAUUUUUCUACGAAACUACCGAGUUAGUUUAGCAGAACGUAUUAUUCCGGCUACAGACCUAUCUGAACAAAUCCCAUGCGUUGGCACAGAAGCAUCAGGGACAGGGAAUAUGAAGUUUAUGUUGAAUGGCGCAUUAACUAUCGGUACUAUGGAUGGAUCUAAUACAGAAAUCUUUCAUGAGAUUGGUCAUUCAAAUGGAUUUCCUUUUGGUCGUACCAUUGAAGAAGUGAAUUAUCUGAGGAAAACUGGUUAUAAUCCGAUGAAGUUUAUAUCUUCGAAUCCAGAACUACGUCUUUGCUUAGAGCAAAUACGUGAUGGUUUUUAUUGUCCUACUGAACCAAAUAUAUUUAAAGGACUUUAUGAAAAGUUGACUACAGAAGACAAAUUUAUGGUUUGUGCUGAUUAUGCAGACUAUAUGCGUGCACAGGCUGAGGUUGAAUCAGCCUAUAGGGAUGAAGUGAGAUGGUCAAAAAUGGUUUUAAUGAACAUAGCAUGCGCUGGGAAAUUUUCCUCUGAUCGUACAGUACGUGAAUAUGCUCGUGAUAUUUGGAGAGUAGAACCAGUUAGUAUCAAUGAGCCAAAUAAUUCUGGUUCUAGGAGGAAUAGUUGUCGGAAAUACUCUUUUGGUUGA